CUGCAAAGGUUUCGCCGUCCACGAAGUUAAAAGAGUCCAAAAGGAAUCACAAAUUGAGUGAUCGUGUAGAGAACCCGAAUCCAACUCCAGCUAAGACCACGGAUGCUAUUCUCAGUGCUCUGCUUUUCUUCGAAUGGCAAAUGGGCGCCCUCGCACUUUCGCCCCUGUGCUUUCAUUUACUUUGUCUUCGACAGCCGGUUUUCCUUUGGCACCCAGCCUGCUCUCUUAACCUUAUCGUCCGUAGCUGGGCGUCUAAUUUGGGAUUUCCUGUACAUUAAGGACUUUAUAGUUAGUGAAAAGGAAAUGGUGGGAAGAGUAAGCAGAAAUGUUGAGCAGGUGAGCCCGGAGAGAUGCGUCGUAUGGACGGAGCCUUCUGGUAAGCAUCGGAAGUUGUGGCAACAAGGUAUGAAGGUUCCAGUUGUAUAUUAUCUCUGCAAGAAUAGCCUUAUGGAGCACCCCCAUUUCAUUGAAGUUCCCUUAUCCUCGCCCGAAGGUCUCUACCUAAAAGAUGUGAUUAAUCGUCUGGUUGUUUUGAGAGGAAAUCACAUGCCCACCAUGUAUUCAUGGUCUUGCAAGAGGAGCUACAGAAAUGGAUUUGUGUGGCAAGACCUUUCUGAGAAUGAUCUGAUCAUACCGGCCCUAGGAAAUGAUUACAUCCUUAAGGGUUCACUGCUCCUUGAUCAGGCUUCUGCAGAUGGCCAUAACAAGAGUAACAUUAGCCUGGGGGUGCAGAAAAAUACCUCUCUUAGACAGAAUGACCGUUCACUAUAUUCAAAAAAUGAAGAAGCUUCCUCCUCUUUAUCUUCUGUCACUAGUAUGAGACAAAUGAAGCCACUUACUCCAACACCCCUGGCUUCUCCUCAUCAACAAGGAGACGAUAAGUCCCUGCCUUCAGAUCAGAACUCAACCCCUGUGAUAGGCUCCUCAAGCUCAGGAGAAUGUAUGGAUCUCAUGCCAAGUGGGGCUCUAGCUGUUUCAAACAUGGUUGAUGACGGAGGAGGAAAGAAGCCAUUUGAGCCAAGCACUCAAACUACUUUGGUCUCAACAGAUAAUGCAUUGCCUGAUACCAAUUUCAAUGAGAUCCAGCUGAAAGAUGUGCAAGCUAAUGAUGGCAUGAGAGAGGAAAUCCCUGAAAUUCCAGUGUCAUGGAAUGCUGGGAUGGGCACCUUGGUGUCUCUUAUCCGUGCAGAAGUGGAAAAAUUGGAUAAUUUCAAGGUAAUUGAUGAGAAGGAACUUCAAUCAAAUGUGAAGAUCAAGAGGACAAAUGCACUCUUGCAGCUAAUUUCAUGUGGCUCAAUCUUGAAAAAAAUCAACAUAUCAUAGUGUUUGUCACAAUGCACAAUAUGAGGUUAUUUUGCAGGAAGUUAUCGUCGUUCUUAGAACCCAUUGGUGAGCUCAAGUGUGAUAAAGCUUUGCGACGGAUGAAAAGGUUUCCUUCAACUCGUCACUGGCUAAAAAUUGUAUUAUGCUUGAGGGAGAAGAAGAAACAUAGCCAACCAUCGGCCGCACUUCUGCAAUCACUAUAGGUAGUUUACAUUCCUAUUUGGAAAAUAAAUUAGAAGCUUUAUUCUUUUAAAAGAAAAAUAUGAACAGAAUAUGAGAUUAUGAAGUACGAAUGCCGUAACUUAAGAAAUCCAAACACCUUAACCUCUUUGUUUAAAAUGCGUAGCACUUAUACUCAAUAACGUAAAAAUUUUAUAGAUUUUGCUUCAGUAUUUAGUCAUGAAAGCCUUUUGCUCCAUUUGGUCUCAAAGUAAUUUUAUAUAGCCUAUAGCACGUUGAGGCAUACUAGCUUAACAUCAAUGGACGGUGAAGGAUGUGAUAAUAGCGUUGAAUAUAUAGCCUUCCUCCUAAAACAAUGCUUCCUAAAAUAAAUCUUUCUGAAGUAAUUAUUCUCUAUAUCUUGAUAUUCAUUUGGCUUUAUUUGCUUUGAUUUGAUUUUAUUUGAUUAGAUUUUUAAGUUGGUCUUUUCUAGUAAGUUUUAUGCCAAACUAGACUUCCUCUGUAUAAAUACGUGCAGAAAUAAGCUGUAAUAGAGCAAGAGAAAGCUCUAAAAUCAUUAAUUUCUUUUCUAUGCUCCAAAAUUAUAUUCUAUGUUGUUCUCCAAACUCAGACUACAAUACAAAAGUUUUCUCAA